UCUGUCCUCAUGAGCUGUCACGCUGACAGCUCGAGAGGAGAGCUGGUAAUCAGCAUUCCUCGGAGGGGACAUCUACACUGAUCAUCAGGGCACUGAUGAUCACCCCAGCAGUGCCACCUGUCAGUGCCCAUCAAUGCCAGCUGUCAUUACCGAUCAAUGCCACCUGCCAGUGCCGAUCAAUGCCACAUAUCAGUGCCCAUCUGAGCUGUCUUUCAGUGUCACCUAUCAGUGCCAGUCAGUGCCAUCUAUCAGUGCUGCCAAUCAGUGCCAGACAGUGCCGCCUAUCAGUGCCAUAUAUGAGUGUGCUGCCUUUCAGU